AUGAAUAUCACUCACUUCUCAAAAAUUACUAUGGAAGUGGAGACAAUUAGUUCAGAAGAUGUGUUAUAUCUUAAAGAUAAUCUUCUGCUAUUGACCACUUUCCAAAGUUUUAUUAUUGACUUCAAAAACACGACAAUUGACUACGAAACUCUUCAUGGACUAAUUGGACCACCGCAUCGAAUAUUCAGCGAUGAUGAUCGUAUUUGGUUUUUCCAAAUGGAAGUGAAUCAUGAGUUUUUGGAAGUUAGCUUGGAUAGAAGGUGUCUUGAGUUUGAUCUUUCUUCUCACAUAAGACAAUAUAGAUAG